CCCGCUCGCCCAGUGCUGCCGAGGCCACCAGCACUUCCCAGUGCGCUCGUGGUGGCUUGCGGGCAGCAUUGGCCCCAGAGCCUCCUCUGCGGUAGCCUCGCCUCUCCAUCCAGCGCAGUGCCGCAUCAAACGCUCCAGUAGCUACUCGUUGCUGUGGCCGCUCUGCGUUGACUCGCGCUGUGCCUCCGCUGCCACCAAGCCUGCACUGCUGCGGGUGCCGCGGUGCGCCCCGAGCUCCGCAACCCUGCGGCGGGCGGCAUGGGAUAAUGCGGCCAUGGUGCGCCGAGAUCGCCUCCGCAGGAUGAGGGAGUGGUGGGUCCAGGUGGGGCUCCUGGCUAUGCCCCUGCUUGCUGCCUACUUGCACAUCCCACCCCCUCAGCUCUCUCCUGCUCUGCAUUCAUGGAAGACUUCUGGCAAGUUUUUCACCUACAAAGGACUGCGCAUCUUCUACCAAGAUUCUGUGGGUGUAGUUGGAAGCCCUGAGAUAGUUGUGCUUUUACAUGGCUUUCCAACUUCCAGCUAUGAUUGGUACAAGAUCUGGGAAGGUCUGACCCUGAGGUUUCAUCGAGUGAUUGCCCUUGAUUUCUUAGGCUUUGGCUUCAGUGAUAAACCAAGACCACAUCACUAUUCCAUAUUUGAACAAGCCAGUAUCGUGGAGGCGCUUUUGCGGCAUCUAGGGCUCCAGAACCGUAGGAUCAACUUAUUGUCUCAUGAUUAUGGAGAUAUUGUUGCUCAGGAGCUGCUGUAUAGGUACAAGCAGAAUCGAUCUGGUCGGCUUACCAUAAAGAGUCUCUGUCUGUCAAAUGGAGGUAUUUUUCCUGAGACUCACCGUCCUCUGCUUCUCCAAAAGCUACUCAAAGAUGGAGGCGUGCUCUCACCCAUCCUUACGAGGUUGAUGAACUUCUUUGUAUUCUCUCGAGGGCUCACCCCAGUCUUUGGACCGUAUACUCGACCUUCUGAGAGUGAGCUGUGGGACAUGUGGGCAGGAAUCCGCAACAAUGAUGGGAACUUGGUCAUAGACAGCAACAGGAAAGGAGAUGCAGGAUUUCCCUGUCUUAUACAAAGGAUUGCCGUGCUGCAAUUCAAAUGAGAAGAUGAGAAUGGAACCACUCUCACUGAGGGGUCUAGAGAUGAUGUUAUCUGUUAAGUCCUUGAAGUGAGGCUCUGUUCUUUUCCCAAAUGGGUCAGUGUACCUUCCAGUGUUCACUGAUAGCUUUGCUGGGAACUGUGCAUUAAUGGGAGCCACUCUUCCCUCCCACCCCUAUCCCCCAUGAAUUCCUCAAAGAUUCAUUUUACUAUACAAAAUUAAAAAACAGAACUCUCUUAAAAUUCUCUUAUAUUUUCCUUUCCAAAAAGCAAAUACUGUUUCUAAGAAGUGACACUGAGGUUCACAAAAAUAACUGUCCUGGAGGUGCCAGGCAGAACAAUUACAAUGCAUGAGUUUGUUAACACAUAACUGUGGCAUCUCACAUUUAGUAAAAAAAAUUCUCCCCAUUCUAUUUGUGGUACAGAGAUGAUGAAACCUUAUGACCUUCUACAUUUAGAAUUUCAGACACAGAUGUCAAUUUAGAGACCCUACAGUUCAACCCUCUCAUUUUAAAAAUGAGGAAACUGAGAUUAAACGUAUGUGCUACAUCAUAUUUUGGAGGCUCUGAGUUGGUUACUGUGGAGCCAAAAUUCAAACUGAAUAUUCAGGCUGUAGUUACAUAUACUCCAAAAUAAUUCUUGGCCUUCCUGUGACCUCAUUUCUUGCUUACUAAAUACACAGAACCAUUGAUGCUCACAUGGAUAGUAGGUAGCCAUUGCUCUAGUCACUUGAUGCUUAACACAAACGGAUAGAGUGGGCUGUUCCAAAAAUUCCAGAUUGGUUCUGGAUUAAGAUUUGUCAGUUACAGCCUGUGCCAGCCAUUUGAGUCCCAAAACAAUAAAGGUUUCUUAUUCUGCUCCUGCUGACUUACCUGUC